AUGACGCCUCCGACAACCCCAAAUGGACCUCAUGUCGUUCGAAACAGCCGUGUAUUGCCUCAACAGCCGGCGAGCUGCGAGUGUGCUGUGCCGCUUUCGUUGCUGGAUGCAACAACCGCCAAAUUUGGGCUUUCCAGCGCUAUCUGGCUCCUGGAGCGUCCAACCAUUUCGCUUGCUUCCGACGAUCUUGCCAACCAUCUACGCACAACACUCAGUACGACUUUGGAUGCAUAUCCACAGUGGUGCGGCUACCUGAAAGGCAUCCUCAGUAUCGAUGACGACAGCCUUCCCCCGGAAACGACAUCUUUCCCAGCGCACGCGAAACGCUAUGGUCGUGUGUAUGUUCACUAUGGUACCAGCACAGAUCCAGGAGUUGAAUUUGUAGAGGCGACAAGUAUAGCGACCGUCGAUAGUCUAUACAGUGUCAAUUCUGCAAAGCGACGGCCCGUCUGGAACCGACGGGGAGACGAAGAGACUCUCACCCAAUUUGUCCCUCCGACAAACGUGGUACUUGCGCUCGAACCCAACGAGAGGGACACGAAUGGUCUGUACAAACCAAUCAUGGCUGUACAAUGCACCAAACUUGCAUGCGGUGGCCACGUGUUGGCCGUCAAGAUCGCACAUCCAUGUGCAGAUAUCGCCGCACUCACGCGAUUCGUGCGAGACUGGGCGAGUGUCAGUCGUGCCAUACUUACAGAAGCCCCCCUACCAGUGCUGAGUCCGGUCUUUAAACCUCUGCGGCUGGAUGCGUCUGCCGCUGGCAAUAUCAAUGCCGAUGAUGCCGAUCCUGCCAUCAUGAAAGACGCUCUUAGCCUCCCGUUGCAUAGGUACGACUGGUGGGCUCCGCCUGCCACGCCGCCCUCCCCUUUCCCUCCGGAUCUGUCACUGGCUGGAAAGCCGCUACCUUGGGCUGAAUGGGAUACCAACGCGCCGGUGGAUCAGUGCACAGUUCACUUCAGCCGGAAGCAGAUCGAUCAUCUGUGGCAAUCAGCUAUCCAAGAAAGUUCUCUUACAUCUUCGAACUUGAAGAUCAGCAAACAUGAUGCAUUGUUGGCUCAUGUCUGGUCAUGCGUGGUGCGUGCUCGUGGCCUUCGGGAGGAUCAGGGCCCUGUCCACUGCGAUCUUGUGCUGGGCACUCGGCCGGCCUUCCAGCUCAAUAAUUCCUUCAUGGGUUCGCCUACCGUGAUGCUCAACAUCGAGAUGGCUGCCUCACAUGUCGCAUCUGGGAGAGCGUUGGGACCAAUUGCACACCGCAUACGCGAGACAGUAUCGACGGUCAACGAUUCACAACGAUUGGCGGCUCAUCUCCACAGCAUUGCGUACGAGAAGUCGCCGCAACGGAUCUGGCAAGCAUUUUUGGGCCAACGGCACAUAUUAGUGACUACGUGGGCUCGUGCGGGUAUCUAUGAUAUCGAAUUUGGACUGGGAUCGUGUAUUCGCUACGCCGAUGGUGUGGUGCCGUGUGUGGAUGGGUGCAUUCUCAUUGUCGAUGGUCCACCGACAGAACCUACACCUCCCUCGAGCACAACAGCACGAGGGUGGACAGAUAAUGGAGUGGACAUUACUUUUCCUUUACGCUGCGAAGACAUGGAGCGCUUGCUGCAAGACCCAUUGCUUCUGCCGCAGGUGUAA